CCCCCUCCCACCAAGUAGUUCCCGGAUUGUGGACAACACACAGAAAGAGAGAGAAAAAAAAUCACCGAAUUUCGCCAAAUCGCCCCUCGGUACCGGGGGAUACCCCCCUCGCCCCGUAACCUAACCUCGGGACUGCAUAAACCUCCGCUUUUCCCCGACCCUAGCUCCUCGGCGGUGCCGCUAUGAGCGGCUCCAGGAAUAACCGGGUGAUGAUGGAGGGGGUCGGGGCUCGAGUGGUGCGGGGCCCUGACUGGAAAUGGGGCAAACAGGACGGGGGCGAGGGGCAUGUGGGCACCGUGCGGAGCUUCGAGAGCCCCGAGGAGGUGGUGGUCGUCUGGGACAACGGCACCGCCGCCAACUACCGCUGCUCCGGGGCCUACGAUCUGCGUAUCCUGGACAGCGCGCCGACAGGGAUCAAACAUGACGGGACAAUGUGUGAUACAUGUCGUCAGCAACCGAUUAUUGGCAUUCGUUGGAAGUGUGCAGAGUGCACCAAUUAUGACCUUUGUACGGUUUGUUACCAUGGCGAUAAGCACCACCUGAGGCACAGGUUCUAUAGGAUCACCAUUCCUGGUAGUGAGAGAGUUUUGUUGGAGUCUCGACGAAAGUCAAAGAAGAUAACUGCAAGAGGGAUUUUUGCAGGUGCACGAGUGGUGCGCGGAGUGGACUGGCAGUGGGAGGACCAGGACGGAGGCAACGGGCGCAGGGGAAAGGUGACUGAAAUCCAAGAUUGGAGUGCGUCUAGUCCUCACAGUGCAGCAUAUGUUUUGUGGGACAAUGGAGCCAAGAAUCUCUACAGAGUGGGAUUUGAGGGCAUGUCUGAUUUGAAAUGUGUCCAGGAUGCAAAAGGAGGUUCUUUUUACCGAGAUCAUUGUCCUGUGCUGGGUGAACAAAAUGGAAGUCGCAACCCUGGUGGUUUACAGAUUGGUGAUCUUGUAAAUAUUGAUCUGGAUCUAGAGAUUGUUCAGUCAUUACAACAUGGGCAUGGUGGUUGGACUGAUGGUAUGUUUGAGACAUUAACAACCACUGGCACAGUCUGUGGCAUUGAUGAAGAUCAUGACAUUGUAGUACAGUAUCCAAGUGGCAACAGGUGGACAUUCAAUCCUGCAGUACUUACAAAGGCUAAUGUGGUUAGAAGCGGGGAUGCCGUUCAGGGAGCAGAAGGUGGAUCUUCACAGUUUAAUGUUGGUGAUCUGGUUCAAAUCUGUUACGACUUGGAGAGAAUCAAACUUCUUCAACGAGGUCAUGGAGAAUGGGCUGAAGCAAUGCUCCCUACUUUGGGGAAAGUUGGGCGUGUUCAGCAGAUUUACUCUGACAGUGAUUUGAAAGUUGAGGUUUGUGGGACUUCAUGGACGUACAACCCUGCAGCUGUUACUAAAGUGGCAUCAGCUGGAUCUGCAGUGUGCAAUGCAUCUGGUGAGCGUUUGUCUCAGUUGUUGAAAAAGUUAUUUGAAACACAAGAAUCAGGAGACAUCAAUGAAGAACUGGUUAAAGCUGCAGCCAACGGUGAUGUUGCAAAAGUGGAAGAAAUAAUGGCACGACCCGAUGUUGAUGUGAAUGGUCAAUGCGCAGGACACACAGCAAUGCAGGCAGCCAGCCAGAAUGGACAUGUGGAUGUUUUGAAGUUACUUCUCAAGCACAGUGUUGACUUAGAAGCUGAGGAUAAAGAUGGAGACCGAGCAGUUCAUCAUGCUUCGUUUGGGGAUGAAGGUGCUGUUAUUGAUGUUUUACAUCGAGGAGGAGCUGAUCUAAAUGCUCGGAAUAAGCGAAGGCAGACUCCAUUGCACAUUGCUGUAAAUAAAGGUCAUUUGCAAGUAGUUAAGACUUUGCUCGACCUUGGAUGCCAUCCCAGUCUCCAGGAUUCUGAAGGUGAUACACCUCUUCAUGAUGCAAUAAGCAAAAAACGUGAUGAUAUGCUGUCGGUGCUGCUAGAAUCUGGUGCAGAUGUAACAAUCACUAACAACAAUGGUUUCAAUGCUCUUCAUCAUGCUGCAUUGCGAGGCAACCCCAGUGCCAUGCGUGUGUUACUUUCCAAGCUCCCAAGGCCGUGGAUUGUGGAUGAGAAAAAGGAUGAUGGAUAUACUGCUCUGCAUUUAGCAGCACUUAACAAUCAUGUUGAAGUGGCAGAAUUACUGGUACAUCAGGGCAAUGCUAACCUGGAUAUCCAGAAUGUAAACCAGCAAACUGCAUUGCAUCUCGCUGUUGAGCGUCAACACACUCAAAUUGUUCGGCUAUUGGUUCGUGCUGGUGCAAAAUUGGACAUCCAGGAUAAAGAUGGUGACACGCCUCUCCAUGAAGCCCUGCGACACCAUACCUUAUGUCAGCUCCGUCAACUACAGGAUAUGCAGGAUGUGGGAAAAGUUGAUAGUGGCUGGGAGCCUUCCAAGAACACCUUACUUAUGGGCCUUGGAACACAAGGAGCAGAUAAGAAGAGUGCUGCUUCUAUUGCUUGCUUCUUAGCUGCAAAUGGAGCAGAUCUUGCUAUUCGCAACAAGAAAGGACAGUCGCCACUUGAUCUUUGCCCUGAUCCAAACCUCUGUAAAGUGCUUGCAAAAUGUCACAAGGAGAAAGUCAGUGGGCAGGUUGGAUCACGUAGCCCUUCUAUGAUUAACAAUGACACAGAGACUUUGGAAGAAUGCAUGGUUUGUUCAGAUAUGAAACGUGACACUUUGUUUGGACCUUGUGGACACAUUGCGACUUGCUCUCUCUGUUCACCACGUGUUAAAAAAUGCCUCAUCUGUAAGGACCAGGUUCAAUCGCGAACAAAGAUUGAGGAGUGCGUGGUAUGUUCUGACAAGAAGGCAGCAGUCCUUUUUCAGCCUUGUGGUCAUAUGUGUGCCUGUGAGAAUUGUGCAAGCUUGAUGAAAAAGUGUGUACAGUGCCGGGCUGUCGUAGAGCGAAGAGUGCCUUUUAUUAUGUGUUGUGGUGGGAAAGGUACGGAAGAUUCCAAUGAUGAUCUUAGUAGUGGAAACAUUACUGCUCUUCAGCGAGACAAAGAUAAUACCAACGUCAAUGCAGAUGUUCAGAAGCUCCAGCAACAGUUACAGGAUAUCAAAGAGCAGACCAUGUGCCCUGUAUGUUUGGAUCGCUUAAAGAAUAUGAUCUUCCUAUGCGGACAUGGGACCUGUCAGCUUUGUGGUGAUCGAAUGAGUGAAUGUCCUAUUUGCCGUAAAGCCAUAGAACGUAGGAUUCUCUUGUACUAAAAAAACAUUGCCUGAGUACAAUGUGAAACACGACAACCACACCUGUAUAAUAUUUGCAAAUAAAUUAUUUUGGGUAGCUUUUUUCCCUGUUUGGGCUAUAACAGUUGGAUCCUAAACUCCAGAGUCUUUUCCAUGGCAAAAUGUUAUGAUAUGAAAAAUCUUUAUAUAUGUAAAAUUCUUUUACAUCAUCAAAAAAAAAAUUACUGAUCAAACCUCUCUGGAAAGAUUCUCCCUGCUUCAAGCUUAGCUCCUGAUAUACCUGAUUGCAAGCACAAAUAGAAGGGUUCUUUGGCUAAAAUAGGAAAUCAGUAAAUAAGGUAUUUUUCUUGCUGCUGAAAUUAGAAGCUGACUGUUUAAACUUUCUUUACUAAUAAUAAUAAUUUGCUGAUUUUUUUUGCUGUUUCUGAACCUAGCACUUAGAUUGCAUUGGUUAAGACUAAUUUUUUGUGGUUAAUCAUUUAUAACACACAGGUAACAGUUCUUCCUUUCUAAAAUCCUGCAGCUUGGGUAAAAAGCAUAUGAAAUAAAAUUGACUUUAAAAUUUACAAUUCAACAAAUCAAUUAACAUUUGCAGUAGCUUAUCUUGCAUACAUGUAUUCAAAGUGUGUUACCUGAACCCGAAUUACACUUCAAAUUAAUUCGGUGCUGUUUUGUACCACAUGGAGAAUUUAAAUAGUUAGCUUGGACUGUACAUGUUGUGGAAUUUUAACAUGCAGUAUUCUCAUCAGUUCUACGACGUCAAACUGGCAUGCAUUAAAAAGUGACUUUAUGUUGUGUUUUCAAAACAGUUUGUAGAGUGUCCUCCAAAGAAAAAUGAUUCUGAGCGCAGGCUUAAGUAGCCCUUGGGUUGACAUGGUAGUUUGGCAGUUAUCAGAGUUUGCAAUAGAUAUUAACAGACUGAAUUUAAAAUCAAUAAAUGUAGUAAGAAAAUAUGAACAAUGCAUGCUGCAAAAGCCAGCAAAAUAUUUAAAGUUUAUUGGAGUUGAAAACUUUUCUAGUUAGAGUUCAAGAUGUGUGGGAGAAUCUGAGCUGACAGGCAGAAGUUUGAACUAAAUGGAAAUGCUAAAUUAUGCUGUCAGUUUCUGGAGGUGUUUAAUUGCAUGUACCUUUUGCAUGUUCAGAUGCUUUAAUAUACCUUGAAUUCUAAUCAUGCAUACGUUGAUCAUCAUGGAGUUAUUUUGAUGUUUAGUUUAUUUGCAAGCUUUAGGUACAUGCAGGGGUGCAAAGACCUUUUCCUUCCUAGUAAACGGUUGAGGCCAUUUCAUUAACAAUACUACAUAACCUGGCCAAAAUCAGGAGCUCAGUGUAAAAUUAUCAUUGACAGUCCAAAUCCCAGCAAUGAGCUGUGUCACGCAUUCAUAUAUUUGCACCAACGGGUUGUUGAAGCAGCAAUGAAAUUUGAUCUCAUCAUCAUCUUUAUUGUCAGUUCCCUCGGGCUGUGACUUUUGAAAAAGAACUAAAUUUUUAACCAUACAGGAAUGUAUUUGCGAAAUUUUGUUGAAGACAGAUAACUGUGUUCUCAUUUUCAUGAUUUUAUGUGAUUUCUUAAUAACAUUAGUACAUUAAGUCCAAACCAGAAUUUGAAUCAAAAUGGCAAUUGGCAGAGAAAGCAAUGCACAUUACAAAGUGAUCAAAUAAAGAUUCUGAAAAAUAAAAUUAGGAGGUAUUUGCAAUUAAAUAAAGUGGCAUUUACAUAAACAGUUUAGCCAUUUUAUUAAAUUUGAAGAUGCCUGGAGUGUACUAACUUCUGUGGUUUGAUUCUGGCAAAUCAUGACACAAAGUGACAUUGAUAGUAUUGUAAUGUUUAUUUUGAAUUUAUUUUGAAACCAAGAGCUACUUCUCUCCUCCAUAAUUAUUAUAAACGUCCACUGAAUGCUUAGUACCUGAUUGCACAUCUUAUCAAUAUUUAAAUUUGAAAUGAAAGCUGAACUUUUGUCCAUUUUACUUGAGCAUGUCUGAAUAUGUUGUCUUGUCUUACUAAUGUUUAAGUUUUUUAAAAACUACUUUUUGGUAUCUGAGAAUUUAGAAACUUGAUUGUUUUUGUUUUAAUUAAUGAUUAAAUUCAUUUUUCAGGUUGUACCGUAGUGCAACCUCAAAUAUUGUACUAAUUUUUCAUUAAAAUAUAAUUUGCAAAUUAGUUUAGUGAUAAUGAGGGGACUUGUACAAUAAUAUUUCUUGUCAAGUUGCAUUUUGUAUUUAAAAUUAAUGAUUUCAGAUCAUUAGUUCCUAACUUUUGGCUUUGUGUGGUGACCUGGAAACCCUGAAAUCAGGGAGGCCACACAACUUUGUAAUAGCCUCUGAUAGUCAUGAACACAUCUUGCUAACUUGUAUUAAAAGUUUGCAAUUAUCAGUAUUUAAAAAUUGGCACCAUUCCAACUAUUAUCCAUGCUAUCUGCAAGCAUUCCUUUUAAUACAGGAAUGGGAAAAAAAGCUGAUCAACCAUGGCUGUAUUGAGCCUGAAAGUCUGUCUGUAUUAAACAUAAGAAGGAAAUGGACUGGGACAAAGUAAAGAAGGAAGUCCAAGUUUUUACUGUGUCUUACAAUAGGAUUAUAUUAAAUGACUGGUGCAAAUUGGGAUGAAUUACAUUUUGCAAAAUAAAUAUAUUUUGAGUUUGCUUUGCCUCUUUUGUAGGUGGUUCAUCAACAGCGCAACUAGCUGUAGAACAAGAUUAGCUGCUUUGUAUUUAUCUUAUUUAUUUAGUACUUUGUGUUAAUUGCCAGUGACACAGUACCUUUUCUGUCGGGUCCUUAUUUUCCAACAGUCAGGUUCUUGCACUAACAUGAGCUUACUUUAAUCUUACAAUUGAAUAAACAUGUGUAAAGUUUGUAAGUCGUUCUUGACUUACUGUCCAACAUAGUGUUAUAUAGUAAGUAGGUUUGCUUAUUAUUGUAUGAUGAAGUUUUUGUAAUGUUUAUGCGAAUUGCAUUUCAAGCUAUUUUGAUUUAUCAUAUCACUUCACGUUUUAUAGGUCAAGUGUUUAUUUCUAGUGGAUAAGCAGACAUUUUAAAUUUAGUUGACCUGAAAUGUUGAGAUGAAUAUUUUAUUGCCUUUGUCUUUAUUUUAAAUGGAAAACUGUGCUGCUUUAACUGUCAGUAUGACUUGCAUUUCUGGGACAAAGUCUAAGAACUUGUCCUUUACAGGGGAUGGUUGCUGACCAAAUUGUCUCUUCAUUUUGUUAACUGUCUAGUGUCUGAAUGCAGCUGUAUUGUGCUUUGUCAUUUAAAAAUUUCACAACCUAGCCAAAGCUUUAGAAAUAAAGACUCAUUUAUAUUCCUUUGUUAACCACCUGAAGUGAUUUAAAAUCUGAGAAAAUAAAACAGAUGUUUCAAAAAUUAAA